CGGGCGGGCGGGGCCGGAUCCGGUUCGGUCGGUGGCGCGCCUGCGAGGGCGGCGGGCGCUCGGGCAGCAGCUCUCGCCGUCGCGGUCGCUGUCACUGUCGCUUUCUCCUCAGCUCGGUCCAGAGCCGACCCGGGCCGGGCCGCCCGCCAGCCACCAUGCCGGGCAUCGACAAGCUGCCCAUCGAGGAGACUCUGGAGGACAGCCCGCAGACACGUUCCCUGCUGGGUGUAUUUGAAGAAGAUGCUGCAGCUAUUUCCAAUUACAUGAAUCAGUUAUAUCAAGCUAUGCGUCGAAUUUAUGAUGCACAGAAUGAAUUAAGUGCAGCAACACACCUGACAUCAAAGCUUCUAAAAGAAUAUGAGAAACAGCGUUUUCCACUAGGGGGUGAUGAUGAAGUAAUGAGCUCUACUUUGCAGCAGUUUUCAAAAGUGAUUGAUGAGCUGAGUUCCUGUCAUGCAGUACUCUCAACUCAGCUUGCCGAUGCUAUGAUGUUUCCUAUUUCCCAGUUUAAAGAAAGGGAUCUAAAAGAGAUAUUAACAUUAAAGGAAGUGUUUCAAAUUGCCAGCAAUGACCAUGAUGCUGCAAUUAAUAGAUACAGUCGACUGUCCAAAAAAAGAGAAAAUGACAAGGUGAAGUAUGAAGUUACAGAAGAUGUAUAUACUUCAAGAAAAAAACAGCACCAGACAAUGAUGCAUUAUUUCUGUGCGUUGAAUACUCUUCAAUAUAAGAAGAAAAUAGCAAUGCUAGAGCCCCUACUUGGAUACAUGCAAGCCCAGAUAAGUUUUUUUAAGAUGGGUUCUGAAAAUCUCAGUGAACAGCUAGAAGAAUUUUUAGCAAAUAUUGGAACAAGUGUACAGAAUGUUCGCAGGGAAAUGGACUGUGAAGUAGAAACCAUGCAACAGACAAUAGAGGAUUUGGAAGUAGCCAGUGACCCAUUAUAUUUGCCUGACCCUGACAUCACCAAAUUUCCCGUUCAUCGGAACUUAACCCGCAAGGCCGGAUAUCUCAAUGCUAGGAAUAAGACUGGCCUCGUGUCCUCUACCUGGGACAGACAAUUUUACUUUACUCAAGGUGGAAACCUGAUGAAUCAGGCUCGGGGAGAUGUCGCUGGAGGACUCGCCAUGGAUAUAGACAACUGCUCUGUAAUGGCUGUUGACUGUGAAGAUAGACGGUACUGUUUCCAGAUCACAUCCUUUGAUGGCAAAAAGUCUUCAAUCUUGCAAGCAGAAAGUAAGAAAGAUUAUGAAGAGUGGAUUUGUACAAUAAACAAUAUCUCCAAACAGAUAUAUUUAAGUGAAAAUCCAGAGGAAAUUGCUGCAAGAGUAAAUCAGUCAGCUCUAGAAGCAGUCACCCCAUCACCAUCUUUCCAGCAGAGGCAUGAGAGCCUACGGCCAACCCCACAAACUCGACCACCCACAGCUCGAACUAGUAGUUCAGGGUCUCUUGGAUCUGAAUCAGCAACUUUGGCGACCCUUUCCCUGGAUUCCCUUGUUGCCCCAGACACACCUAUACAAUUUGACAUAAUUUCUCCUGUUAGUGAAGAUCAGCCUGGCCAGGCUAAAAAUUCUGGGCAGGGAGGCAAACGUACAAAUCCAUUUGGAGAAUCUGGAGGAAGAUCAAAGACUGAAACCGAAGAUUCCAUUCUUCAUCAGUUAUUUAUUGUCCGAUUCCUUGGCUCUAUGGAGGUGAAAUCAGAUGAUAGUCCAGAUGUCGUUUAUGAAACAAUGCGCCAAAUCCUGGCAGCCCGUGCUAUCCAUAACAUUUUCCGCAUGACGGAAUCACACCUACUAGUUACUUGUGACUGUUUAAAGUUAAUUGACCCACAAACUCAAGUUACCAGGCUCAGAUUUCCAUUGCCUAAUGUGGUCCUGUAUGCUACACAUCAGGAAAGUAAACGUCUCUUUGGAUUUGUGCUUCGGACAUCAGGAGGCAGAGUAGAGAGUCAUCCCACAUCGGUCUGUUACAUAUUUGAAUCAAACAAUGAAGGAGAAAAGAUUUGUGAUUCUGUUGGACUUGCAAAACAAAUCGCUUUGCAUGCUGAAUUGGAUCGUAGAGCAUCAGAGAAACAAAAAGAAAUAGAGAGAGUAAAAGAGAAACAACAGAAGGAACUGAAUAAACAGAAACAAAUUGAGAAGGAUUUAGAAGAACAAAGUCGAUUAAUAGCUGCCUCCAGUAGACCAAACCAGACAAGUGGAGAAGGACAAUUUGUGGUCCUAAGUAGUAGCCAGUCUGAAGAGAGUGAUUUGGGAGAAGAUGGAAAGAAGAAGAAAGAGUCAGAAGCAUGAGGUUCUCCAUUUUGGGGGUGGCUUUUUGAGGUGAAACAGCACAAGUGAAAUGACCUUAAGAGGCAUCAAGGUUGAUACUUCAGAUUUUUUUCUAGAAGACUGACUUGGCAACCAAGUUUUACAUUGAUUUUUUUUCCUCAUAAAAUCGACUUACAAUUACUGUAAUAACAAUAACUUAACACCUAAUUCCAUAUGUUUAAAAAAAUCUGUCAGUUUACUGAAGUAGGUUGCUGCAGAAUUAUACUGAAUUGGGAGUGCCCCCCCCCCCGCCCAAUUUCAAACUUUUUAUCUUGGCUUUGCACCUGGGUAUAUGCAAAAAGGAAUUAUUUAUCUUUGGGCUUCAGCUAUACAUGGGGAUGUUAUUUUCUGUCUGCCAGAAGCUAGAAGAAGCUUUAUACUGAACAGGUUCAAAACCAUUUGCAUUUUAUUGCAAAGAAUCGCUCAUUCUUGUGAGACUGAUGUUAUAACCGUGAAUGUGCAAUACUCCUUGGAGCAGUCCUGGGACACAGGUUUGAUGUGUAUGGUUUAGAGUUUUCAGGGAGGUGCCACUUAAUCUCAGAAUCUAUCCUUGGCAUGACUUCAUGGGAUGUAAUCGUAAUCACAUCCUGGUGUCUAUGGAAAUAGAAACAAAGGCAUCCCCUUGUGAAGAUGAACCUAGCUGUUGGCAUGUGAGCAUCACACUCUCAUUCUCAGGUUGGGACUUGAAUUACUGCCACAGAGUAGUACUGGUUAAAGUUAGAAGAUCUGGGGACUUGUGAAAGGACAGCUUUUUGUUCAAAUACGUUUUAGAUAUUGGAUAUGGAUAAGGCAAAGUAGCCUUUGGUAUGUUUUACUCAGUGAUGAAUUCUAUUUUUUAUAUCAUAUAAAAUCAUAAUUUUCAUUACAAUUGAGUGACUUUGCAGCAAAAGUUCUUUAGAAAUUAUGUUUACUGAUUAAGCAGAAAUCCCUGAAAUAUUGGGGAAUUUGUGCUUGCUUGGAAUAAUUUCAGUUGACCUCCAAGUUUUCACAGAUAAAUAACCCUCAGCUUCUUGCUGUGUAUGAUAUUGAACCAUCCAUAAUAGUAAACAACUAAUUUAUAAAAAUACCAUAUUUGCACUAAUCAUUGUAAAUAAUACUCUUCUAAUAAGUGGAAGACACAUGCACAAGAUUGAAAAACAUGUAAUGUCUAGUAUGCUAUAGAAAAAUUGACAAAGGAAAGUGGUUUGGGCUCUGAGCCAUAGUUAUAAAUGAUAAUUUUCUACAGGGCUAUUCCAUGUCAGAUGUUUAUUUUUUACAAUUACUAAUGUUUCUGGCAAAUAGUGCUUCUCCUAAAUUUAAGAAUUUCACACAAAACUAUAGUUUCAGCAAAUUAAAUGUACUAAGAUGUUUCAGUCAAUUUGUGAAUUUGGUCAAAAAUUACAAUUUCCAAUAACAAUCUAGAAUUUCACAAGGGAAAACUAUUCUUUAAAAUGCAGGGAUUUUUCUCAAAAGUGAACUGACUAGAAGGGUUCAAUUUCAGCUUUCACUCAGUGUGUGGGGUUACUGCUUUCUGUGAUCACUAGAACAAGUGACAUAGGAUCCUUAAUUAGGCCUUUCUUUUAUCUGUCUGUGUGCCAAGUAGAGAUUUUGGCUUAUUUAAUUUAUUGGCAGCAUUAUGUUACCAAGACAUGUAGUUUAAAAAAAACAAAUUUAUAAACAAAUUAUUGAAUUUAUUGGAGGAUGUGAUAUGGCUUACCAUUUAUAUAGAGAAUGGUAUAAAUGUCAGUAUGAACUAAUUCCUUCACAUGAAAAAUUGUUCUCUGAUCAAUAAUCAUCCAUGUAAAAUCUUGCUCUUAAGUUGUUAUUGCUGAGUGGCGCAUAUUCUGCUUAAAUCCUUUGUUUACAUCGUAGCUUGUGUCCAUCUACUCAUAUUUCCAAUGCAGUCUCUACAACCUUUAGGGAACUUCUUUAAAAACAAGAAACAAGGGAAAAUUUUAGCAAGAACAGAAAGUUCUGUGUAAGCUGAUGAAAUUAAUACUGUUUAUCCUUAAUCCAGUAUGACUGUUGAUUUGGAGAGAGCAAAAUGAGGAAGGCAGGCGAUUUUCCUGUUUUUCUUGAGUCCCUACAACAUGCUCUCACUUUUGUUUUGAACUGUUGUCAGUUUUAUGAUAUCAAAUCCAUAUCCAUAUGUACAUUUAAAAACUCUAAAGCCAAAUAAAAAUUAUUUUUAAUUAGUUGCUACCCUAGAUGAUUCCAGCCUCUAUUCUGCUAUAGAUAACUGAGAGUUGACUAUCUAUGUUUGUUUCUGAUCGUUGUAAGGGACUUUACCAAAUUUCUUCCACUUGACUAGUUCAGUCUCAUUUCUUCUUGCCUAGAUGACUAUAAUAAUAGCCUGUUGAUUUUGUUUUUUGGUCUCCCUUUGAUCCCCUCUUCAAUCUAACAUUCAUACCAUGGUCCUCGAAAUCUUAAUGCACUGAGCUGAUCACUUCACUCUUCAAUCCUCAAACCUCCCCAUUGCCCUCUCAAUCAAUUGUCAACUUCUGGUCUUGGCAUUCGAUGUCCUUUACAACCUGGUUCCAACAUUUUUCUAGCCUUAAAAUAUACUAUUUCCCAAUUAUAUAUUCUACAUUCUAGUCAAAGUCGACUAUUCUCUCUCUCCUGGUCUCACCCUGUCAGCCCUCAUCCACUACCCCCAACCACUCUGCAUGCCAGAGUCCUUCUGCUAUUUUAAAGCCAAACUCAAGCCCUACAAGUUUCUUGAGGGAGGGGUUUGUGAUAUAGGUGUUUCUGCCCUCAGCACCAUAGGUGCCUUGCAUGGAGUAGUAGGUGCUUCAUAUAUAUAUUUAUUUAAUUUAAAUCCUGGUGAUAAUAGGAUUAGGGUUUAAGGUGUUUUCCCCUGGUUAAUGUUCUUAAUGAUUAAGUCAAUCCACAUCCUGAAGAAAUACAUAGAGUAUAUAAGUAGAAAAUUUCCUAGGCCCUACCUUUCCCUACCUUUUUACCAAAGUAAAAAAAAAAAAAACUUAGAAGCCACCUGUUAUAUUCUCCUUUCAACUACUGUCAAAUAUUCCACUUUGGACACUGGUUGGCAUCUUUCAAAUAGUGCCUGAAGUCAGUGUUGUGCCAUACUGGAACACCUCCCCUUCAUGGGUGUUUAUAAGAGAACCCUAAAAUGUCAUUUUUUUAAAAAAGGCUACUUGACCCAAGUUAAAAGGACAAAGAACAAAGGGAAUAGAUAAUUAAGACAUGAACAUGAUGUUAAUAUGAGAAUUCUCAUUCAACAAAGAAAUCAACCCUUCUACAAAUUUUAGAAACAGAUCUAGGAAGUUCCAAGUAUUUUAUAGAAAGUUUUCUUUUAAAUUCUAAGCAUCCGAAGCAUCCAUUGGCCCACAGAGCAUUGAAUCAUAUCAUUGAUUUUGGUUUUGUUCUUGUUUCAUUUAAUAGCUUAAGCUCGGAUCUGCUCCACUUCAGGCAGCCAAAAGGGCCCCUGUUAUGGAGAGUAUUUCAUUCCAGUUGGAGAAAUGGCUCACCUUACAUCUAUGAGAUUUGAUCUUCAUUCCCAUGGAAUUAGAGACUCAAUUAUUAAGACACAUCUGUAGGGAAAUCAGAAUUUCAUUACAUUUUUUAAGCCAUCACUUGUGAUGAUCUAAGAUAAUUUACCAUGUAUAUGAAAAGCUAACAUGAGAACAGGUCCAUGUACAAACCGAGUUCAUGUACAAAAAUGACUACUUUUUGUAGUAUGUUCAGGUGAUUUUGUAAUGUGACAUGGGCAAAUUUUUGUAAUACUAGAUUGAUCCUUUUAUUGGUGUACUUUUCAGCAGUUUUCAAUAAUUUCAAUAAUUAAAAAACAUGCAAAAUUUGGGAUUGUAUAUAAGACAACGGUGACAUUUGGGAUUUUUUAUAUUGUAAAAAUAGAUAUGGAAUAUUGCUGACAGGACUGAAGGUAAUAUGCCAUUUGGAUUUUAAAUGUAUAAUAAAAUACAUGUUUUAUAUGUAGUGAUUUGGGGUUUGAAGUAGGUGAAUGGAAUAUAAAUCUUUGUAUUGAAUCUAAAUGCUUUCAAAUCACAUACCUUGUCAAAGAUGUGGACUUUUUUCUUCUGUUUACAAAGCUAUAAUUCUAUGUAUUGCCACUUUUUCAGGAAUGUGACAGGCAGUGGAAAGUGACAUUUUUCAAUAAUUGGAUUUAACAUGUUAGAAGGCUUACAUUUACUUUUGGUCCGACUACCACCAAGCACCUUCUAUAGAAGUGCCAUCCUCGAAAACAGUAGGGUCAGACUCAAAAAGAAACCAAUCCCUGCCAGCCACAAAUUAAUGAUCUGUGUUGUAUUUUUAUGUGUUUUGUUAAACAUUUCCUAAUUACAUUUAGAUAUAUGUCCAGCAUCAUGUGAGAGUUUUGCUGGGCCAGGUUUGACACCUCUAUUCUAAAGGAUCAGGUGAAUGUAUACACCAGCACAAACCUAUAGUGUUGCUUAAAUGAUAGAAUUUCCCACUUGCUGUUAUUUAUAAUUUCUUUAGUACUUAACAUCCCAUUCUUAUAGGGGUUGAUUUGUGUGGGCCAGUCCUCUCUAUAUUUUAUAAGGUUUGUAAACUUUCUUGGAGGGGUCAGGAAACAAAGGGAAAAGAAUUUUUACUUAAGUAAUUUAACUAAUCUAGAUACAUGUAUAUUCUGCAUCUGUAUACACACAUUCAUAAUCUGACCCUUUAACUUAAGAAAAAAUAGACUAUUAAUGGCAGUUAUUGUUGCAAAUGUUUUUGUAAAAGACUGUCCAUCACUCAAUCUACAAAGUAAAUAUGUGCUUGUGAAAGUAGCCUAUGGUGCUUUAAGUCCCACAUCUGAUAAACUCGGUGAGGCAGAGGACAUCACAGGGUUCUGGAAGGUGCUCUUGUUUACUGAAUUGGGCAUUGCCUUUAAAAACUAAAGAUGGAAAGGGAUUGAUUCUCUCACAUUUUAUUUUUAUAUCAAAUUAUUGAUGUAUUGCCUGAAUACUAGCAUAGCCAGAAGAGUAUGAUAU